GCUCCGGCUACCUGCUUUGUUUUGUUUUGGUAGUAGGAGUUAGAGAAGAGACAGGAAGAGAGAGAGAGGGGACAGGAGCCGGCGGAGAAGCGGCUCACUAAAUGGGGAGAGCUAACUCGGGUAUGGAAGAUGAAGGGCCAGUAAGUGAACACUGUAAAAUGCCCAGUUUUAUCAGCAGUUUUGAGGAGGGGAGGGCCAAAUUGUCCCGCAACCUGUCGACUGAAACUUCCUUCACCGACAGCAAAGUUGAGCGGUCGCUUCGGGAUGUGAACCGCCGUGUCACCAGGUCCAACUCUCGGCUCUCCCUCGACGGACCGGAGGGGGACACGGAGGAGCGGGGCGGCGAGGAGAAGGAUGCGGAGGGCAACAACAACAACAACUGCAACAGCGGCGGAGGCGGAGACAGGAGGAGGGCGAGCGCCGUGGAGAUUUUACGGAGGAAUUUCGGGGCUGUUUCUAAGUCUCCUUCCCUGCGUUUGAGCACCAGCAGUCGGAUGCAGUGUGGGGAAGAGGACGGCGGUCUGCACGGUGUUACAAACAGCCAUGGAACUGAAUGUGACCAGUGUCAAAAGUCGGAGCGAGAAACGGGCGAGGCGGGGGUAAAAAACGAGCGAACCCUGAGCGAGUUGUCGAGUUCGGCUGUACAAGGAGUUGAAUUUGCUCCCGUAACAAGUCAGUGCCAUAACAUAUGUGACAGUGACAACAACACAGCCCGUUUAGACGAGUCUUUGAACGCCAAAGAGCACGUAUAUUGCACUGUUUACUGCAUCGCCGGCGACAGUCACCGAACAGACGCAGAAAUCACAGAUAUCUACGAUGACACGGGCCGUUCUGACGGACGACAAAUGGAGGCGGAGACGGGACAGGACGCCGGUUCGAGUCCGGAGCCGGUACCGUACACGCUGGACGACCUGGUGGAUCCGUUUGGGGACCUUGCCAACCGGCUACCGACGGAGCAGGCCGGUGCAGAGACGGCGCUGCAGAGUUGCCGGGUGUGCCUGGAGUCGAAAACCAUCGCACCCCUGCCCUGCUGCAGGAUGGCCGUGUGCGAUGAGUGUCUGGAACUCUACGUCAGCUCCCAGGUGCGAGUGGCCAAAGCUUACAUCGGCUGUCCGAUCCCAGAGUGUAGUGGCUACAUGGAAGAAGGACUUCUGCUCACCCAUCUGUCCAAUGAGGACACGGCAAAAUAUCGGUAUUUUUUGGAACUCAGUCAGCUGGACUCGAGCACCAAACCCUGCCCCCAGUGCAGUCAGUUCACAUCCCUGAAGAAGCACAACCCAAACCGCACCGAGCACAAAUACAAGAUCCAGUGUAGCAAUUGCCAGUUUGUGUGGUGCUUCAAAUGCCACGCGCCCUGGCACAACGGCCUGAAGUGUCGUGACUACAGAAAAGGAGACAAGCUGCUACGAACCUGGGCCAGCGUCAUAGAGCACGGACAAAGAAAUGCACAGAAGUGUCCAGAGUGUAAGAUCCAUAUUCAGCGGACAGAGGGAUGCGACCAUAUGACGUGCACUCAGUGUAACACUAACUUCUGUUACCGCUGUGGAGAGCGUUACAGACAUUUAAGAUUUUUCGGGGACCACACAUCCAACCUCAGCGUGUUCGGCUGCAAGUAUCGCUAUCUACCCGAUAAACCUCAUCUGAGACGUCUAAUUAGAGGGUCUGUCUGUGCGACGAAGGUGCUGAUAGCUCCAGUGGUCAUUUUGCUGGUGGUGGUGCUCGGAGCUCUUGCCCUGGUGAUAGGUUUGGUCUUUUUCCCAGUCUACUAUGUGUGUAAGAGGAGAAAGAAGCAUCGCACUCAGGGUUCUGGACGGUGGAUCUGAAACUUGGCCUGCACUUCCUCUAGACCUACACACACAUCUAUGAAGACAAUACCCACAUGACCUCAGGGACCGACAUGCCAGCCUGAGUCACCCCAACCAUCUUUGACAAAAACCAGAAAAUCAGCACACGGGCUGUUAGUUAAGGCCUCUCAGGUAAAAGGAAGUACGCAAACCUCGGCCAAUCACACGUCAUUACAAUAUUUAUUUACUGCUGCAGAAGGAAUGCUUUAUUGUGACCAAGGAUAUUCAAGCCAAAAAGGAAGGAUCCCCACAUAUUUAUAUGGACUUCUGGAGGAGCCACGUUCCCAUCCAUUAAAACUGUAAAAUCUUUUCAGCUGUCGGAUAUUUCAAGCCCCAGACACAGUUUUCAUCAACACACACUUAGAGUGUUUCACUCUUCUGUCACUUUUGAUGAUUAACCACACCCAUCUCUAAAAUCAACAAGCCUAACCACAUGUAACAGGUGGAUGCAGGUUUGUUGACACCUGCAUCAUAUGAAUGUGUUUUCCUGUGUCAUUUUGGUGAAGUGUUAGACUUGAUAUGGCACAUGUCUGACAAAGGAGGCCUGGGGCUGUUGGCGCCUGGAAAUAAUGAAGGCACAAGUAACACUGACAGUAGCAGGAAGAGGAUAAGAGGCUUUAACACGUGCAGCUC